UUCUUAAAGAGACAGAGGCCCAAUUUCAAUGUACAAAGUCAAAUUUCAUUUAAGCCACGUUUGAAAAGUACAGCAUCUUAUCUUGACUGAGAUAAAAUGGCACUAUGUGCCUGGAAAAUACAUAAAACAGAUUUACAGAUAAACUAACAAUGAAAUAAAUUCAGUCAGGCUUGGCUAAGAGUGAUUCUAAUGGAUUCCAUAAUCUGAAUUACUCAUCGUUUAUGGUAUUAAAAUCUGAUUUUUGAACUUCUGAAAACAAAAACAGGAAAAAAAAAACAUGACAGGUGAUCCAUGACUAUUAUUUUUCUGAUGAGGAAUUACACAUCAAACAAUUUUUUUAAAAAAAGAGAAAGAGAGAGAGGGGAAUAAGUGCAAAGGCGCAAUAAAGGGGGCAGGGCAACGUGGCAUUUAGAAGGGGGAAGUGGAGCGGCGUUAAAGGGGACGGGGGCAGCGUCUACGUCGUGAGUGUUUGGCUUUCAUGGAGCGCGUCGGCAACAUGAACCGCCUGCUGCUGGGAGCCCUGCUGCUGCGUGUCACAGCUCAAGAGAUGCUGGCUCCACCUGGACAGGUGAGGUUCGAGUCCACAGACUUCAAGCACAUCCUGCACUGGGCCGCGCCCACAAACAGCUCCUGCCUGCAGUACCACGUCCAGUAUAAGAUAUACGGCGAGCUGGACUGGCUGAACGUCAGCAACUGUCAGGGCAUCCAGAGGCACCACUGUGACCUCAGCGCCGCCACCUCCGACGUCAGAGAGUGGUACUACGCCCGGGUGCGAGUGUCGUGUGCGGCCACCGGCAGCAAAUCGGCCUGGGCCAUGUCCCGCAGAUUCAGCCCCCGCUGGGACACCAAAGUCAGCCCCCCCUCAGUGAGGCUGAACUCGUCCAAACAGGGCCUUGUGGUCCAAGUGAAAGCCUCCAGAGUGUUGAUGCGCAAGGUGCACAACGGUGUGGACAACAACAUCUACGUCGUCCACCCCGGCGGAAAGGAGGAGGUUUACGAGGUGGCGAGCGGCUCCAAGCUGACUCUGACGGAACUGAAGCCCAGGACACACUACUGCGUCCAAGCACAGACCGUCAUCCCCCGGCACAUGAGGAGCAGCGAUCGCAGCACCGCCAAGUGCAUCACCACAGACUGAUCACACGCAGACGCCGGUUGACUCGAGUCGUCUCGUCAUUUCAGUCCUCACCCCUACCUCCACGGCUGCAGUCACAGGUGUCUGAACUCGGAAAACUGGUGCGAUUAAUCGAAUCUCUCGAGGAGCGUAUUUUAUUUAAAGUCUGUUGCUAAACUUGAAACUUUCUAAAUUGACAUUUUGGAGCAUUUUCUGCUGAGGAUCACUGUGAAAUUCAUUUCUUCUUGACAUUGUUUUUGUGACUAAGUUUAUAUAUUUUUUGGAAGCUGAAGCAAAACAUGAAGUUUAUUUUAUCUACUGAAAUAUUUAUGCACAAGUUGAACAUAUUUUGAGGAAGCAACCUUUAACAUUUUGUUUUUGUCUCAAACACAUGAGAACAAAUGAACGUUCCUGGAUGUUUUGGACACA